UCAACACCACUAAUGGCAGAAAAUCUACAAGUGCGAGUGAAUGUCACGUUCUAGUACAGACCGGCACUGCGACUCUUGUCAGCGUUACUGUAACUGAUAUCCUUGCUGGGCGAUAGAUAACAUAUAAAUCGAGGCAACAGGUUUAUAAUCUCAUGGUCCACGUGGAAUACGCUCUCUCUCUCUCUCUCUCUCUCUCUCUCUCUCUCUCUCUCUCUCUCUCUCUCUCUCUCUCUCUCUCUCUCUCCUUCAGUUUGAAUGCUGUUCUACAAAAAUGAUUGUCAUCACAGAACUGCACUAGUGACGUUAGUUUAAUUCUCCUGUCCUUAACUAAGAACAGUAUCUUCUCAGUCUUGGUGAUGGAGUGAGAAGUUAACGAACAGGUAUGGAUGUUGAACUCGGGGAUUUGUCUCCAGACAGAACUGAAGCUAGCAAACCUUUACAAUCAUAUAUCAUGAGACACAUGAAUUCGGGCGACUAUAGCAAUGAUAUGCACAGCCUGGAUUUCCCUUGUCCAUCAUCAAAAUCCACUCCCACUGUGUUGUCGAGUACCUGCCCCCUGCAGAAGCACUACUCCAGCCCCUCCCUCUCAGGGAACAUGGGGUAUGAGGACAGCAGCCAGUCGCUGCUGAGACCCGCUGGGUUACACUGCUCCGAGUCCUGGGAAUCCACGCUGACCGCCUGCCCCUCCAGCCUGGAGACUCACAUAGGUAUGCACACGAGUAUCAGUGAAAUCAUUAAAGACAAGACACUGAGGCCAUCCAGGAGAAGCAUGCCUUGCCUGCCUCAGAGCCAGACUCACCCCCAGAAUCUGAACAAACUGUCUCUGCACCAGCCCAGUCAGACCCAGCCACAGGCGAAGAGCGCCGAGCCAUCCUCCGUCAACAUCUCCUGUGAGAGAGAUGGAGGAAAGGAUGCAUAUAUAGAUGAAUCGGAACAAGUAAACUACGACUUCCGGACGGAUCAGUCCCUCUUGAUCCAAAAAACUUUGAACCGUCCAAAACUGGAAGGCCGCACAGAGUCCUUAGAGGAUAACAACCCAACUGCACCAUCAGGCCUGUUCUUUAGGGAUGGGAAGAAGCGCAUUGACUACAUCUUAGUGUACAAGAAGUCCAGCCUGCAAGUGGAAAAGAGAUGCACCUUUGAGAAGAACCUGCGAGCAGAAGGGCUGAUGUUGGAAAAAGAGCCGUCGUUGACAAACAGUGACAUCAUGUUUGUUAAAAUCCAUGUUCCCUGGGACACGCUUUGUAAAUAUGCAGAUCAGCUGAACAUCAGAAUGCCAUUCAGGAAAAAAUGUUAUUUCACUGAUUGGAAGAGCAAAUCGAUGGGCAGGUUUCAGCGCAACCUGAGACAGCUGAAGAGCUGGCUGCCGAGGAACCCUAUGAAGCUUGACAAGGAGGCCCUGCCUGACCUGGAGGAGACAGACUGCUACACUGCGCCUUUCAGCCGAGCACGCAUGCACCAUUUUACAAUCAACAACAAAGAAACCUUCUUCAGUAAUUCUACAAGGAGUAGGAUAGUUCAUCACAUGCUGCAGAGGACAAAGUAUGAAGAUGGGAAAUCAAAAAUGGGUAUAAACCGAUUACUUGGCAAUGGGACAUAUGAAGCUGCCUUUCCUCCUCAUGAGGGCAGCUACAAAAGCAGACAUCCAAUCAAAACUCACGGAGCUCAGAAUCAUAGACACCUGCUGUAUGAGAGAUGGGCAAGGUGGGGCAUGUGGUACAAGUACCAGCCGUUGGAUUUAAUAAGGCGGUACUUCGGGGAGAAGAUUGGCUUGUAUUUCGCCUGGUUGGGGUGGUACACUGGCAUGCUGAUCCCUGCUGCUCUCGUUGGGCUGUUUGUCUUUCUCUACGGGCUCUUCACGAUGGACUCAAGCCAGGUCAGUAAGGAGAUCUGUGAAGCGAACGACACCAUCAUGUGCCCCAUGUGUGAACGCAGCAGUUCAUUCUGGAGGCUCAGUGAUAGCUGUGUGUAUGCAAAGGUUACACAUCUUUUUGAUAACGGAGGAACUGUCUUCUUUGCAAUUUUUAUGGCGAUAUGGGCCACCGUGUUUCUGGAGUUUUGGAAAAGGCGACGGGCAGAACUCACUUAUGACUGGGACCUCAUUGACUGGGAAGAAGAGGAGGAGGAACUGCGGCCCCAGUUUGAAGCCAAGUAUUCCAAGGUGGAGCGAGUCAAUCCAAUCUCCGGGAAGCCGGAGCCCUUCCAGCCCUUCACAGACAAGCUGAGCCGCCUCAUGGUCUCCGUCUCAGGAAUAUUCCUCAUGAUUUCCCUGGUGCUCACCGCAGUGUUCGCUGUGGUUGUGUACCGGCUGGUCGCCAAGGAGCAGUUUGCCUCGUUUGAAUGGGAGUUUGUCAAGAAGAACUGGCAGUUUGCGACGUCGGGAACCGGAGUCUGCAUCAACUUCAUGAUCAUCAUGUCACUCAACGUGGUAUAUGAAAAAGUUGCAUACCUCCUUACAAAUUUAGAGCACCCCCGUACAGAAUCGGAAUGGGAGAACAGCUUUGCUCUCAAAAUGUUCUUGUUCCAGUUUGUUAACUUGAACAGCUCCAUCUUUUACAUUGCUUUCUUCCUGGGAAGGUUUGCUGGUCGGCCAGGGAAAUAUAACAAACUGUUUGAGAGAUGGAGGUUAGAAGAGUGCCAUCCUAGUGGCUGCUUAAUAGACCUCUGUAUGCAGAUGGGGAUCAUCAUGGUUUUAAAGCAAAUCUGGAACAAUUUUAUGGAGCUCGGUUAUCCGCUGCUGCAGAACUGGUGGUCUCGGAGGAAGAUUAAGAAGGGGAGUCCCAGGCAGAGCAUGGAAAACAAAGGGAUUCUACCGCAGUGGGAUGAGGACUGGAACCUGCUGCCCAUGAAUCCACAUGGCCUGGUGGAUGAGUACUUGGAAAUGGUGUUGCAGUUUGGUUUCACCACGAUCUUCGUGGCAGCCUUCCCCUUGGCGCCUCUGCUGGCUCUGCUCAACAACAUCAUUGAAAUCCGGCUGGAUGCCUACAAGUUUGUCACACAGUGGAGAAGACCAAUGCCAGCUAGGGCUACGGAUAUAGGUAUCUGGUAUGGAAUUCUUGAAGGGAUAGGAGUCCUCGCUGUGAUUACCAAUGCAUUUGUGAUAGCCAUUACGUCAGACUACAUCCCUCGAUUCGUCUAUGCAUUCAAAUACGGGCCCUGUGUGGAUCAGGGCUACAGGCAUGAAAAGUGUUUGAGAGGCUAUGUGAACAGCAGUUUAUCAUGGUUCAACAUGGCAGAGCUGGGCAAUGGAAAUUCAGGCUAUUGCAGGUAUCGGGACUACCGGGCUCCUCCCUGGGGCUCACCACCCUAUGACUUCACUCUGCAGUUCUGGCACGUGCUGGCAGCCCGCCUUGCAUUCAUUAUCGUCUUUGAGCACCUGGUGUUCGGGAUCAAAUCCUUCAUUGCCUACCUAAUCCCGGACAUGCCCAAAGACCUGUGUGACCGAAUGAGGCGGGAGAAGUACUUGGUCCAGGAGAUGAUGUACGAGGCAGAGCUGGAGCACCUACAGAAGGAGAGGAAGAAGAACGGCAAACGCUACCACCACGAAUGGCCUUAGCAUUGCACCCGCAGAGCAGCUGUGCAUGUGAAUAGCACAGGACUCGAACAGCAUUGGAGAAGAGAAAGAAGAGCUGGAAUCCAUCUGCGAAGAACCUGAUCUUGGAAACCACAUUCACGUCCAAUCAAGAGUGCAUCCAAAACAGGGCAAUUAUCCGAGCAUGACGCGGAAGACAGUGCAGAGAUUUGAUUUUAUUUCCAAUCGUGUUUUUGGGAAAUUAAACACAUAUACAGUAUGUACUGAAAAUCAUGCCUUGUAAUGAGCAUUAGUGUGUUAUAAACAGUCACUUGGUAUAAACGAAGCAGUUUGACAAUUAGCCAAACUUUGUAAAUUAAAUUAAAAAAAAAAAAACAGUUUGAAAGCAGUUUAGACGCUUGUGACUUCACAUUGCACUAAUGGCACUGUGUUUGAUGCUAGCUCUCCCAUAAGCUUGGUCCCUCAGGACUUGUCCUGUUUGUGUAAUCUGAACGCCGCAAAGGGUAAUUAAUGUAUACUAUGCAGAUCAAGGACUGUACAUCACCAUAAUAUACUUUUAAUUUAAUUCACAACGUGGAAAACAAUGCAGCUGUUUAAAAUGACCCAAAAACUUGUAUUACAGCACACAGUAACAUCUGCUUUAGUAAUGAUUAAAAAUGGAAAUUAGCUUUUUUGUUCAAUAUAUAUAUAUAUAUAUAUAUAUAUAUAUAUAUAUAUAUAUAUAUAUAUAUAUAUAUACACACACAGUAUAUAUGACAUUGACAAUAACAUAUGGUGUUUACAAUUUAUACUAUAUCAUGUUUUCCCAUGCAUUUCCAUUAAAAUAAAGCCCCAAAAAUAUAUGUGAACAUAAAAAAGCACAUAUGUUCUUUUUGUUGUGCUGUACAGAUCUUUUUUCUCUUCGAGGCUGUUAAAAUCCAAUGCAUGUGCAGCAGAUAGUUCUUGCGUUUUAAGUUAUUCCUGCAUUCAGCUUAAUAUUGAUUCUGAAAACAUUCCUGUUUUCUUGUCCGAACCGUUAUAAAGUGUUUGUUACCAGCUGUGACCGAGAAGGCAGGUUUCAUUCGGAAACAGAAUCAAGGUGUGAUAAAGCUGAUCUUUUUUAAAGGAUGUACAGUAGGAUUACUUCUCUAUCUUUCUCUAUCCCAGGAUGGCAGCAACUGUUAAAUAGCAGCCUCUAUAAUGCAUCCUCAAUGUUACAUUUAGAAGAGGGGAUCUUUGUACUGUCUUAAAAACAAUGUUGACAUCAUUAUAUUUCAGCCUUCUCCUGAGACUCUUAGUGACAAUAGUUUUUUUAAACAAUUCAAAACUUAAAAGCUUUGCAUUUUCUCAGAAUGGGUAAGCAGGGAAAACACAGUGAGGACAUACACCUGUUACAAAGAGUACAAAAAAAAAAAAAAGUCUCAAGCUUCGACAGAACAAACUGCACCAUGGAAUGAUCUUCCCAUUACCAGACUCUAAGUUUUUAUUUCAAAAUGGUUUUUGUUUCACCUGUGCAAUACAGGGGGUUUGCCCAUAUAACAGCCUUCUAAAAGUCCUCAGUGUAUUACUGUUAUAUGGUGUUUUAGUUCUGUGGGGUGUCAUUUUCAGUGCAUUUUAACAGACCACACAUGGGUUUGCCUGCUGUACUAAAAACAAAUAAGUAGUAGUUUAAGUGUCAAUAGAUUCAGAACUAGCUCUCCAGGUGUAGAUUCAUGUGUUAUGAUUUGAUACAGCUUUGUCUCAGAGUCUGUGCUGCUCCCUAACCUGUUCUUAGGUUUGUAUUCUUUCAUUCCCAGCUCCUCAUGGUAAACGGUGGGGCAGGAGCUAAUGUAGGCACUGUUGCAAUAAGUCAGCUUAGCAAGUAGUGUGCUGUUGCAUUUAUAGUUCUGGUGAGAAGUUUGAAAAAAUUACACUGUGUGUAAAAUAAAAUAAAUAAAAAGGAAAGAAAAUGAUUAUUAGCGCAAAGAUGAAAUGUAUACUGUAGUGCACAAAAGUAUUGACAUCCUCCUAUCUUGGAGUACAUUUUUUAUGCUUAAUGCUCAAAAUUGACAUUUGCUCAUCAUAACAUCAAUGUGAAUUGGAGUGCCAAUACUUUCGGGCAUCACUAUAUAUAUGCAUGUAAAACGCAUUUUACCUGUAAAAAAAAAAAGCUUUCAAUGCCCUCAGGAAUUCCUGUAUGUUGAGUAAUGAUUGCUGCAAAACGGAUUUUCUAAAC